AAUGAAAGGAAGUGGAAGAAACGCGGAACCAUGGCCGCUGUGGUUGCUGUUUGCGGUGGUCUAGGGAGGAAGAAGUUGACACACUUGGUAACGGCUGCUGUCAGCCUUACACAUCCCGGGACUCACACGGUGCUUUGGAGAAGAGGUUGUUCACAACAGGUAUCCAGCAAUGAGGACCUGCCCAUUUCAAUGGAAAAUCCUUAUAAAGAACCUCUUAAGAAAUGUAUCUUGUGUGGAAAGCAUGUAGAUUAUAAGAACGUACAGCUUUUGUCCCAGUUUGUUUCUCCAUUUACUGGAUGCAUUUAUGGAAGGCACAUUACAGGUCUUUGUGGGAAGAAACAGAAAGAAAUCACAAAAGCAAUUAAGAGAGCUCAAAUAAUGGGGUUUAUGCCAGUUACAUACAAGGAUCCUGCAUAUCUCAAGGACCCUAAAGUUUGUAACAUCAGAUAUCGGGAAUAAAUUCUAUCACGUUACCACUAAUAAACUUAUUUUACAACAUGGUCUCAAUACGUUGCCCAGGCUGGUCUCUAACUCCUGGCUUCAAUCAAUCCUCCUGACUUGUCUUCCCUAAGUGCUGGGAUUACAGGUGUGAGCCACUGUGCCUGGUCUCACUUUUCCAAUUCUAAAGAAUGUGUCUGUGUAAGCCUUCCCCUCAACAACUUAGUGAAAGGUGAAAAAAAGGUUUGGAAAUAAAAGCAUCUGAUGUUUGAAAAAGUACUUUGUGAAGUAAA